GAGAGGAGAGGAGUGGAGUAUAGGAGGCGCUCAGAGGAAAAUGUGAUCUGACAAAGCGAGCGGAGCGCGCGCGCGCUGACGCAAAAACCCGUACAGCUCGCGCGCUCUGCGGGACGCUCGGGCGUUUCAUCUUUUCAAAAAGCGCCCCUUUGUUGAUUUCUGCGCGUUGAUGUGCGCGUGUGACGUAAAAAAAUUGCUUACGUAUCUACACUGGUGAAGCGACAGCGAGACACUGGAGGCAGGUGGCACAUGUCUGGGACACGAUUAAGCUCGUGCGUUUUCCUUAAUCUCGCGCUCGCGAAACCUCCUUCCUUCCUCCGUCAUUUCAUUAGUUUUUUUUCUUUCUCUCCUGCUCUGUCGUUUUAUUUCCGUUUUUUCCUCAGUGGAUAACCAGGAUGCCGUUUCUACAACUACUCUCCCGGCUUUUACACUAAUCGACAUUUUCUCUACCAUGAUUUGCGUUACCAUGUUUUAAAGAUCAACGUUGUCUUAAAAAAACCCCCCAAAAAAACAAAACAUGUUUCCCGAAAUCAACAACAAGACAGGCAGACCGGAGGCUUUCCCUCAGAGAUCGCAGGCCGAAAGCACGUGCCUGGGAUCCAACCGCAACUUUUCCCAGAAGUGCGGGACAGGGACUGGAACUUUACCUCAACUCGACCCACCGGUUAAACAGGUGGUGGUGACCAAUGGCAAACUCCUCCACCAAUCUGAUGGCACCUUACCCAACAUCGUCAAACAGCUGGUGCAGAAUGUCCAGCAGAGUCAGGAGGAGCGAGAGAGGCCGCGGCCACAGUUCCCAGCACGUUUUGGCUCCUCUGUGGACAAUAUCUCAGAGUCUCUAACCAGAAGCAUCAUUAACAAAUUUGAGAAGAUCAGGACUUAUGAAGGACAGCGGCUGCCCAUGUCACCAUCAGCUGCGCUCAAGCACUUUCGGAGCCAGCUCACAGAGUAUGAGCAGGAGGAGAUUAUGGACUACACCGAGAUCUGGUAUCUGGGCUUAGACACCAAGAAGAUUCAGGGCUGCCAGGGAUCUACACAGAAUUCAGGCUAUGAUGAUGAACAUGGCAGCUACCUGAAGGUCCUUCACGACCAUAUCGCCUACCGCUAUGAGGUCCUGGAAGUGAUUGGGAAGGGAUCUUUUGGACAGGUCCUCAAAUGUCUGGAUCAUAAGACAAAUGAGAUGGUGGCCAUCAAGAUCAUUCGCAACAAGAAAAGAUUCCACCAACAGGCAUUGGUCGAGCUGAAGAUUCUGGACGCACUGCGGCGGAGAGACCGAGACAACUGCCACAACGUCAUCCACAUGAAGGAGUAUUUUUAUUUCCGCAACCACCUCUGCAUCUCCUUCGAGCUCCUGGGAGCAAAUCUGUAUGAACUGAUCAAAAAGAACAACUUCCAGGGCUUCAGUCUGUCGCUGAUCCGACGCUUCGCACACUCUUUGCUCAAGUGCCUGCAGAUGCUCCACAGGGAGAAGAUCAUCCACUGUGACCUCAAACCGGAGAACAUUUUGCUAUCCCAGCGAGGACAGGGAAAUAUCAAGGUAGUUGACUUUGGAUCAAGCUGUUACGAGCAACAGAGAGUGUACACUUAUAUCCAGAGCCGUUUCUACCGCUCUCCAGAGGUGAUCCUGGGCCACCCGUACAGCAUGGCCAUAGACAUGUGGAGCCUAGGCUGUAUCCUGGCCGAGCUUUACACGGGAUACCCACUUUUCCCCGGGGAGAGUGAGGUCGAGCAGAUCGCCUGCAUCAUGGAGGUGAUGGGUUUGCCUCCAAACGACUUUGUUCAGACUUCAUCCAGAAGAAGGUUAUUUUUUGAUUCAAAAGGAAAUCCGCGAAACGUCACGAACAGCAAGGGGAAAAAACGCAGACCCAACUCCAAGGAUCUUUCCACUAUACUGAAGACCAACGAUCCUCUGUUUUUAGACUUUAUUAGGCGCUGCCUUGAGUGGGACCCCGUGAAGCGCAUGACUCCAGAUGAAGGCAUGCAGCACGAGUGGAUUCACGAGGGCCGGCUUAACAAGCUCCGCCCUAAAACACGACCAAUCAGGAAACCAGGAGAGAGUGACAGCAACUAUGAGUACAGCUACCGCAGGACAAUCUCAAACAGGACUGCAGAAAAGUCAGGCUCAGAGGACAGACUGAGGAGAGAAAACUCAGCCAAAGGAGGUAAAAGAGAGACAGCAGAACGCCUGCGACCGAUAGGAGCAUCUGCAGAGAAAGAAACCAGUGAGGGAGUGAGCAACACUGCAGAGAGCAAAGACAGCCGAGACAGCAAACCAGAAAGCCAUCCACAGGGCAGCUCAGUGAGGAAAUCAGACAGCGGUGAGCGCUCCGUCGAAAUCAACAUCCAACAUCAGUCUCAGUCGGCAUCAAGCACAGACUCAGAGGAUCAGGAGCCUCACACUCUACCACCCAUCCUUUAACUUCAUUACUUUCGGAUAAUUCAGACGUUUGGUCAGUAAUACCAUGGGCAGUGACACUGAGUCAGAAGGUGUGUUUAGAGCAUAGGUAUACAUAUUAGAGACCUAGAUAGCUAACAGAGUCUGAACUACUAACUUGAAUAGACUUUUAUUUAUUUUCCUUGACUUUUAAAUGUAUUUUUCUUUAAGAUGUACAACAGAAUCAAAAGUACUAGUGGCUUUUUUUCUUUUCUUUUUUUUUAUUUUAUUUGAGGUUUCCAAGCUGAAGGUUAGUAAGAUUGUGAUGGAAAAAAAUAACAAAAUAUAUUAAGUUAAAUGAAAACGCUCAACGUAUAACUCUUUCCAGUGACUUUGUAUGUAAUGCUUAACACUGAUAGCACACCACAUUUUAUUGUAGGUUACAGUUUGCUAGCUAGUUAGCGAUUUGAAAGCUAGCGAGCAGCUCAGUAACUAGCUAGCUAAGUUUCUGGAAAAUACGUUUGGAGUAAACCUGGUUACAAUAUAAUAAUCAGGGCAAUUAAAAGAAUGUAAUAAGAGUUAAACAUUUUAAUAAGAAGAAAAAGAAACAGAAACCUUUUUUUCACAAACUACAGAAAUGUAGCAUGCUAAGACAUAGCAUUCACUGGAAAGUACUGGAAAGUAUAUUUUUAAUGUUACUUAAAAUCUAAACAGGUAGGCUAUUUAAGGCAAAUUAUGAGCCUCAUAGCUUUGUAUACACUUUUAAACACAACAGUGAUUUUUUUUAUAUGAUUGAAUCACCUCACUUGCUAGACAAUACAUGGAUAAACUAGCAUGUCUUAGUUUCAUUAAGUGUUAUAGCAGUAAAAUACUUAACACAAUUACUGCGACAUGAAACGUAUAUGGUUUUGUUGCAGGAAUACCUGGUAUGACGUCAAAUUUUUGGGGAAAGCAGGGAAUAUGUUUACGUUUGGUCCAUUUACAGAACAGAAAGAGAACACCAAUAUGACAGCUUUGUGCUCGGUUAUCUAGAUCUCUAAUUUACAUACAGUAUACUGUAUAAUAUUCUGAGUCGUACAGAUCUUGCGCUGAUACUGUGAUGUCCCUAUGAGGUAGAAAACGCCUUUCUGGAAAAGGAUCAUUAGAAAUCAAGUUACACUAAAACUUGCAUCACUCCUAUCCUGCAAGGUCAAAUGGUCAGCGUGAGCCUUUAGCUACUUUUAAAUGGUGUAUAAAUGGUACAACUUACUGUUACAAGAAAAGAAAAGAAAGCACAUUACUAGCUUUAACACUAUAUCUCAGCACAAAAAGGUAAUCCAUCAGUUAAUCCUGCGAAUUCCACUCGGAAAACCAACACAUCCUUCUGUGUUACACUGCAUCAUGGGAAUAUCUCCCACCAGAGUCUUAUUGCCCUUGUGGUUUUUAUAUACAUGUGCUUAUGGACAUUUUUUUUUACACAAAAUAUUGUUCAUACUACUUUUCCUGGAGUUCAAGCUGAAUACCAAAGGAACUAUAAUGUACAAUAUUGUCUGCAUGGUUUAAAACAGUUGAUAUUCUGUUUCCACUUUACUUCUUCUCUUUUUUUUUUUGGUUAGAUUACUUUUUGCUUUUAGGAAAAGUAGUGCAAUGAGACUGAGCCAAAGAGAUCACUGAGAGUUAUUGAGAGUUCUUAAGAGUGGUUGUUAUUUGUGUUCCUAAGGAAGCAGGAAGGCCUGAUAUGCAACAACACCUAUAUUAUUUGUUCUGAAUGUGAAUGAUUUGAUCUGAUUUGAUAAAUGAACUUAAGACAUGAUGAUCAGGGGUGGACAUAUCACUAGGCUGAGCGCCCAGGACAUGCAGAUUGUGUGUUCAGGAUAGUAGUGUUUUAAUUUGGCAUCAUUCCAUAAUUAGGGUGCCAUUAACCCUCUCAAAAAAUCCAUGCAUUUAACCAUGCAACCCAUCCCAGGCAACAAUAUCUAAUUUUCUACAAGGUGUUUUUGCUGAUGGCAGCAUUUUCCCCUUAAAUGAGUAACAGGGUUGGAUUUUUAGCAUGGAAUUAGUAAACACAGAGAAUUUACAUAAUUAUAACAUUAUAAUACACAUAAUACAUUAUAAUUACAAAAAUAACAUUCUAAUACCUUACUUAAAAUAUUUUUUAUUAGUAAUUUACUUUCAAUCUAUAUUUUGGAUAACACAAUUGUAUGUUGGGGCAAGGUGGAUUAGCGGUUAGCACGUUUACCUCGCGCCUCUACGGUUGGGGGUUCGAAUCCCACCUCUGUAAGGUGUGUGCUGUGCUUGCAUAUUCUCCCCCUGUGCUUCGGAGGUUUCCUCUGGGUACUCUGAUUUCCUCUCCCAGUCCAAAGACAUGCAUUGUAGGCUGAUUGGUAUUUCCAAAUUGUUCAUAGUGUGCGAUGGGUUGGCACCUCGUCUAGGGUGUCCCCCACCUUGUGCCCCGAGUUCCCCUUGGAUAGGCUCCAGGCUCCCCGUGACCCUGUGUAGGACAAGCUAUAUGGAAAAUCGGUGGGUGGAUGGAUGGACAAUUGUACAUUUUAAAGUGGCCUCAUUGGUCAAUAUCAUCAAUCAAUAUCAAUACACUAUUUAAAAACUAUUUUCCCGUAACCUUCAGGAAAUUCAGAAGUGUUCAAAAAUUCCAUUGGGGUAAAUGUGUUCAGGUAACAGGCUUGUGUGUAUGUUGUCGAAUUAAAAUGGGCAUUUUUCAUAAUCUGUAAGGGAUGGGACUUGUUGAUAAGGAUGUUUCAAGCAUGACAUGUUCAAUCAAUUCAGACAAAACAUAUUUUUGAAGUAUUUUUAUGGUUAUACAGUACUUUGAGGUAAAAACAAGCAAAAUGCUGUUUUCUGUAGAUAAGUGCUAUAGAUUUUGUAGGUUUUUUAAAUGGUUUAGGUUAUUUUUUCUGAAACAUGCACCGAGGUUGCUAUAAAAGACACUUACAUUAAAAUGUUUCCAUUUACUUUUAAAAAUGUUAAACUUUUCACAUUACCUCACAUAUGUGUGAUAUUUUAAGCAGUAACAUCAGUGGGAUGCAAAUGGCACUCAUUUACAAAGGUAAACCCAAGCAAUAAAGGAGGUUGGUCUCGAGAGUGACCACUGAAGAGUUGAUCAUAGUGCAUGAUCUUAAAAACACCAAAGGCGUGACAUAUUUGCUCCUUAUAACUGGCUAAUUUGAAUUUAUCUUACUCGGUCUAACUCUCUUUACUGCUGCUAGAUGUCUCCUGAUCCCUUUAAAUCACAGAUUUACCGUUUAUGUUAUCUAUAGCAUGGAAGGCCGCUGAGACUGCACCAGGUCAGGCUGACAUCCUUAUCAACAUUUGAUGCGCAUAUCUCCUACACUGUACUGUGAGUUCUGCCGGUUAAUCUAUCAAGGUUUUUACUUCUCCUUGUCUUAAGCAGUCCUCUGUAUAACUUGGUAAAAAUUUCAUUUAUUUGACAGUGUGACUGCUGCCUGCCUAAGCGAUUGAAUGUGUUUGUUCUACUCUUCUCCUGAUAGUGAGGUGCUCGCUCUGCUCUAAGUCUGAGGAAUUAAGGUUAUUUGAUAAUAAUGAACUUGUUUUUCUUAUGUCAACUUGCCCUUUACACGUAGACCACAAUUCAUAGUCGCAUCUCCGAGUUACAUAAAGACCAGCAUUAUAAAAUGAAUCAUAUGCAAUAUAAAAUAGGUAAUAAGAAAAUAUAAGAUUUUAAGUAUUUAAAAUAUAAGUAUUUUUCUGAUUAUUUUCCACACUCACCCAGUCGUAAUCUAACUAGCACUUAUAGGAUGUGGACGCUUAGUGGUUAAGUAAUUGGCCUCCAUCUGAAAAGGUUGUGAGUUCAAAUCCCAGGAUUGCCAAACUGCUGCUGUUGGAAGACAGCGGGUUAGCAGCUCAUUUUACUCUGUGCACUUUGAAUGCAUAUGUACAGUAUGUUUAAAUGUAACACGAUUUUUUUUGUUGCUUCAUGUUUCAUGGUGGAGUGACUCAAUACUAGUGUGUGCUACUCGCCACCCUCCGUACUACACACAUCACCAAGGAUGUGUCCUGCUAUACUCUAGGAACUUUUUGGCUAGUUGAAUGAAUAAUUUACACUUUACGGCCAAACGUUUGUGGACAUUUGACCUUUAUCCCAUAUGUGAGCCUUCCACAAAGUUGGAAUCACACCCCAGACCUCCUCUUCAACAUCAGUGCCUGAUCUCACUAAUGCUCUUGUGGCUGAAUGAACACAAAUCCCCACAGUCAUGCUCCAAAAUUUAGUGGAAAGCUUUCCCUAACAAGGGGAACUAUAACUGUAAUUAAGGAUGAAUAAAUCUGGAGUGGGAUUGUCAGAUGUCUCCAAACUUUUGGCCAAUUGUACAGUUGUUUUAUAAAUCCGCAACACACAGUUAGACAUGUCAAAUGAUGAUAAACCAGAGCAAAAGACAAAACAGUACAUACAACUGUUGUAUAACUCCGCUAAUAGCACGUCAGGUGAAAAUAAAAACGUGACCAUCAAAGACAUUGAGAAAGGAUAGGGAAUAUAUAACACAGAAUCUUCAUCUCCCUGAGAAUUUGAGUAUUCAUUUAUUUUCUAUAGCUAACUAGCUUGUUGUACAUUGGGAUUAAAUUAUGUUAGCCUGUACGUUUUGGCUAUCGUAAUGAUUUGUCCAUCCCUGAAUGAUGAUGAUGAUGAUGAUGAUGAUAACGGAAGUAUUGUGAAAUUGUAAUAAUGAUAUUAAGAAUGAUGAAGGUAAUGAAAUGCACUGAAAAUGUAAUAUAGUUUAGUACAACAGUAUUUCAUUAUUAAUAUCGGUAUGUGGAUUGUAUGUUAUAUGUGUGUAUAUAUAUAUAUAUAUAUAUAUAUAUAUAUAUAUAUAUAUAUAUAUAUAUAUAUAUCAUACUUAUGUAUCUUUUUUUUUUGCCAUGCACUAGAUGUGUAUGCCAUCAGUUGAUAUAUAAUUAGACAAGGUUUUACUUGUUUAUAUCCUGUUCAAGUAUUAUAGAGGAAAGAAGAGAGCUUUACAGCUUUUAAUUUUUUUUUUCUUUCUCUUGUGGUUGAUAUUUGUAUCAGUGAUUGUAAAUCAGGACGACCUCUAAACUUGCUUGUCUGUAUUACACUGAUGCUUUACUAAAGUCAAACACUGCCAUUAGCGACCGUGUGCUUUACAUAUUGUAUUUAAAUUAGAAUGAGAGCAAGGUUCACAAACACAAAUAUUAUCCUACGAUGAUUUAUCACUUUCAGAUGUGUAGACUCUUAUGUUUGCCUUCUCAGCCACACUAUUUGCUUUGCAAAUACGACUUGGUGUCAUUUGUGAAAUAUAGUUGUUUUAUUUUUAUGAGGUAAAUAAACAUUUUAUAGAGAUA